AUGGUCUUUGAGUUUGGGUUUUCUGGUGACGAUAUUGACGCGGUUGUCCACAGCCAGGGUGAGUUCCUGUCACCAGUUGCAGCCAACUUCCCAGCAUCAGCACCAGCCGACGCAUUCCCCAUUCCCGGGAAACCCCAGUUGCCGCCGAGGCACCAUCCCCUCACGGAACUGCUCUCCCUAUUACCUUCAAAAAUUGCCUUUAAUCGUCUUGAGGUGGAUCUUGACGAUGGCUCUGUCCUCUUUGUUCCCCGAAGGGAGUUAUGGGACGUACGUGUACAACUUAUGGCCGAAGAGGAAGGGGACGUGCAUCGUGAGGGACUUGGGGAGCAUGAUGUGAAGACGGGGAUCUACGAGGGCGGUUUCAAGAGCUGGGAGAGUAGUGUAGACCUGAUCAAGGUGCUGGCGAGCGAGAACCUACAAUCUUCUCUGUACGGCCGCCCAUCUCGUAUUAUCGAGCUAGGCUGUGGAACGGCCCUGCCUUCGAUCGCUGUCUUCCAACGGGCCAUGGCUCUACAAUCCUCGCAAGCUCAACCCCUUACAUUUGUCAUGGCCGACUAUAACCCUUCCGUCCUUCAGCUUAUCACCCUUCCAAAUUUUCUACUUGCGUGGGCUUUCCAACACCAGCAAAGCCAUGCAACUUUGGAAGACGCUUUCUCUCUGGACGAAGAACUGGAAAUCACACCGGAACUGCUAGAGGCCUUCAAACUGUAUCUCCUCGAACGAAAAAUUCAGCUGUCAUUCAUCUCUGGCGGCUGGUGCAAGGAGUUCAUUCAGCUUCUAUACAGCCUACCGGCCUCAACUACGACUGCAGAAGUCUCGAAAUCAACCCCAGUCACCCUCAUCUUGGGUGCCGAGACAAUAUAUUCGCCAUUCGCGCUGCAAGCCUUCACCGAAACGGUUUUUGCGCUUCUGAGUCAUGAACAGAUGGCAUUGUCAGCCGAGGCAAGUGCCUUUGUGGCAGCCAAAAGGUUGUACUUUGGUGUUGGUGGCUCGCUCGACGACUUCGUAGAAAGGGCGCGGGGAAAAGGCGGCAUCAUCACAUGGAAAAGAGAAGAAACCGCGGGCGUUGCCCGCGGCGUUGUCCACUGCCACGCCCCAACCCGAGAUGGUAUGCCCUGCAUUUCCUGA